AUGCAAGAUAAUAUUAUUGCUGAUCGUAUGGCACCUUAUCUUCAAUUAUAGAUGUAUGCUAAGUUUACAUAAUUGGCUGUGAAGAAUUCAUGCGUCAAUAUGGGAUAAGGAUUUCCGAAUUUCCCACCACCUUAAUUUUUAAGACAAGCAAUUGCAGAAGAAGCUUUAACAGAGAGUUUGCAAUAUACAAUGACAGCUGGUCACCCGAGAUUAAUGAAAGCAGCAUCUGACUUUUUUGAAAAGCACAUGGGAGUCAAAGUGGAUAGUGCAAAAGAGAUGGUUGCAAGUUCUGGUGCACAAUCAGUUUUAGCAUGUGUUUUCCAGGCUUUGCUUAAUCCAAAUGAUGAAGUCAUAUGUUUUGACCCUGCUUUUGAUUUUUAUCGACCUUUGAUUGAAUUCCAAGGUGCCAAACACGUUGGAGUUCCAUUAAAACCAGGCCAAUUAAAUAGUAAGGCUAGCAUAUUGAACAGAUUUGAGAAUGGCAAAAUUAAAUUUUCCAAAGAGGACGAAUGGCAUUUGGACUAUGAGUAUCUUGAAUAAAAGUUAAAUGCUAAGACAAAAAUGAUAAUUUUGAAUUCACCAUAAAAUCCAAUUGGAAAAGUGUUUUCAAUUGAAGAAUUAGAUAGAUUGGCAGAAAUAUUAGAAAAACAUCCAUAAAUAAUAGUGUGCGAAGAUGCUGCAUAUCAUCAUGUUGUAUUUGGUGGUUAUUAGCCAUUUUCAUAUCCUAGAUGUAUUACUCAUCCAAAAUUAAAAUCUAAAACUGUAUGUGUAACAAGUGCUGGUAAAAUGUUCUCAGCUACAGGAUUAAGAAUUGGAUUUGCAAUGGGAGAUGAAAAAUAUAUCAAAGCAAUCAAAUCUGCGUAAACCUAUCAUAACUUUUGUUUGAAUCCAGUAUUAUAAACUGCUACAGCAAAAUGUUUAGAAUAAACUAUUGAUGGCUAAUACUUUACAGAAAUCAGAGAUUUAUAUGAAGAAUAAUCAACUAUGUUACUAAAGGGUUUACUUGAGAGUAGAUUGAAUUUACAUUGUUGGGUUCCAUAAGGAGGAUACUUUUUAGUUACUGACAUCAGUGAUGUAGAAAUACCUGAGAAAUAUUUCAAAGAUGAUUAAGAUGGUCAUCAACUAACUAAAGAUUUUGCUUUUGCAUACUAUACGGCAUGUGAAAUUGGAGUAGUGUGUAUCCCUUGUUCUCCUUAUUUUGAGAAUAAGGAGUUGGGUUCUAGAUUUGUGAGAUGGGCAUUUUGUAAGACAACAGAGACCAUAUAAGACGCAUGUAAUCGUUUAAAAUGA